AUGAAUACUUUUUCACACGUUCCUCCAGGUUUUAGAUUCCACCCUACAGAUGAAGAACUUGUUGAUUACUACCUCAGAAAAAAAAUAGCUUCAAAAGCAAUUGACCUAGAUGUCAUCAAAGAUGUUGAUCUCUACAACAUUGAGCCCUGGGACAUUGAAGAACUUUGCAAGUUGGGAACUGAGGACCAGAAUGACUGGUAUUUCUUCAGCCACAAAGAUAAAAAGUAUCCAACUGGAACGCGCACUAAUAGAGCUACAAAAGCAGGAUUCUGGAAAGCUACUGGAAGAGACAAGUCUAUUUACACUAAGCAUAGUUUGAUUGGCAUGAGAAAGACCUUGGUGUUUUAUAAAGGUCGAGCCCCAAAUGGACAAAAGUCAGAUUGGAUAAUGCAUGAGUACAGAUUAGAAUCAAAUGAAAAUGGGACACCUCAGGAAGAAGGAUGGGUUGUGUGUAGGGUGUUCAAGAAGCGAAUGGCAACAAUAAGGAGGGAAGGAGAUCAUGAAUCACUAUGUUGGUAUGAUGACCAAGUUUCCUUUAUGCCGGACUUCGAUUCCCCGAGGAGGAUUCCUCAACCUUACCCUCCAUACAAUAAUCAUCAAUAUUCCUGCAAGCAAGAGCUUCAGUUGCAGUACACCAUGCCUCAUGAUUCCUUCCUCCAGCUUCCUCAUUUAGAGAGUCCGAACGUUCCACAGUCCGAGGCCAGUGUCUGCAAUUCAGUGCCUGCAUAUAAUUUUGAGAGGAACAAUGGAAACACUUUUCAGUCUUCAACAAUACUAAAACAAGAACAGAUGCCGCAAAUCAAUCAACUAGAUAUUAACUUGCUUUAUGGUGAUAAGAGUGAACAGGCAGUGGAUCAAGUGACCGAUUGGCGAGUUCUUGACAAAUUUGUUGCAUCUCAACUCAGUCAAGAAGAUGGUAACAAGGAGUGUAACUACUCAAAUGCACCUUCCUCAUUUCAAGUACCCGAGAACAUAAGCAUGCUCAUCGAUGAUUCGAAUAGACAAGAAAUGGCUUCAGAAUAUGCUUCAAUAUCCAGCUCCAGUUGCCAAAUUGAUCUGUGGAAGUGAGAGCAUAUACAGUAAGCAGACUAUACAUGUAAUGGUAGGAAAUGAUUACUAAACACAAGUAUUGGUCCGAUUACUGUACAUAAUAAACCUAAAGGGUAAUGCCUUAGCUGCUGGAUUUCUGCUACAACUUGUGCUGAUAUAUAUACCAGGCAACAAGUUAUACCAGAGAGACCUAUAUUGAUAAUAAGUAUGUAUAAGUGAAUUGUAAUGCUGGUGGAAACUGACUUGGAGAGUAUUGUUUGCAUAUUUCUUUGUUGCAGC